GUCCAUAAAUAAAUGCACACGUACAUCCAUACGCCACCCCAGGUAGCCACGCAUCACUCUUGUCCUAUUGAACAUACGCUAACUAAUUUCUCUAUCAAUCCAUCCUUUGCAACCUUGGUGCUAAAACAACGUUUGUCAUGCAUACCUACUAUCUCUUUCUCACACAAGUCUCUUCUCCGUUUUCACUCUCUUGCUAGCUCCUCUUUGUCCUUCAGAUCAGAUCUCUCAGAAGAGUAGAGUGCCUGCCAGUGCCAUGUCGCUGCCAGUCACACAGCCCAUUGCAUGAGCAGAAGGGCAAGGAAGCUUGGGAGGGUGUAAGCUGAGGAUCGGUGACGUGCAAAUGCGGCCACGGGGAACCUCUCUGCAACAAAGCUCCGCAUCUGCUCUCGGCGACGGCGAUGCGGCGCUACCGAAGAAGAAGAGGAACCGGCCAGGCAAUCCGAAACCUGAUGCGGAGGUGAUCGCGCUGUCGCCUCGAACGCUGCUGGCGACGAACCGGUUCGUGUGCGAGGUGUGCAGCAAGGGCUUCCAGCGGGACCAGAACCUGCAGCUGCACCUGCGGGGCCACAACAUGCCGUGGAAGCUGAAGCAGAAGGACCCCAAGGACGCGCGCCGGCGGGUGUACCUGUGCCCGGAGCCGACGUGCGUGCACCACAGCCCGUCCCGGGCGCUGGGCGACCUCACGGGGAUCAAGAAGCACUACUGCCGCAAGCACGGCGAGAAGAAGUUCAGGUGCGACAGGUGCAGCAAGCGCUACGCCGUCGAGUCCGACUGGAAGGCGCACGGCAAGACCUGCGGCGCCCGCGAGUAUCGCUGCCACUGCAACGCCCUCUUCUCCAGGAAAGACAACUUCAUCACCCACCGCGCUACCUGCGACGCAGCAGUUCGUGGGACCGCCCAGAAGCCACCGCUGGUCGCCGGCCUCUACGUCGGCUCAGGCAGCGAUGAUAGGCUCGGGCUCUCCGACGCCGCCGCCCAGAUGCAUGGCUUCGCAGAUCAAGGCCAGUCCUCUUCAGCAGCAGAAGCCUCACAGUUUGACCAUGUCAUGCCAUCGUACUCGGGCUCCUCCAUGUUCCGUUCUCAGGCGUCAGACUUCUCGUUGUCUUUCUUCCUCGGCGGCGGCACUCCUCUUAUCGAACAAGACCUGUCCGACAACGGUGGUGAUCUCUCCGAAGGCAGCCAGGGCCCUCUGCUCCAUGGCAAGGCGCCCUUGCAUGGCGUGAUGACGCAUCUCCCCGAGCAGCAGUAUCAGCCAAACAGCGGCAACGCCAACGUUAACCUCCUGGACAUUGGGUUCUUCUCUGGCAACAGUGGUGGCACGUCUGGCAGCCAGGGCCCUCUGCUCCACGGCAAGGAGCCCUUCCAUAGCCAUGACCUGACGCAACUUCCCGAGCAGCAGCACCAGCCAGGCAGCAGCAACGCCCGCGUCAACCUCCCUAACCUUGGGGUCUUCUCUGGCAACAGCGGUGGAUGGCCCGGAAGCAGCCAUCAGGACGCGCGCCUUGUCAUCCAAGACCAACUCAACGGCGGCAGCAGCAGCAACACCGAGCAUGGUAACGGGAUGGCGUCCAUCGGAAGCCACUUCGGCGGAGGCUUCGUCCCUUCCCUGCACAACUCAUCUCCGUCGGCCGGGCUCUCAGCGACGGCGCUCCUGAUGAAGGCGGCUCAGAUGGGCUCGACGACGUCGAGCACCACCCACAACCCCAACGGCCCCAGCGCGCUGCUCCGCGCAGCCGGCUUCGCAGGCACUGCCAGCGUCCGGGAGACUAGUAGCAGGGCAGCGGAAGAAGAGAAGUCUCACGAGGCAUAUUUCCAUGAUCUCAUCAUGAACUCACUGCCAUUAACGGGAGGAGGCACCGGCGGCCUCUCAGGGUUGGCGGGCGUGGACGACGGCAAUGUGAGCACAAGGGACUUCCUUGGCGUCGGCAGGGACGACGCGACGGCACCGCAGGGCCUCCACGGCAUGGGCGCCCCGAAUCCGACCCAGAUGAAAUGGUACAUGUGAUGGAUCAGGUCGGAAACGCGAAAAGAGGAAGACAACAAGAAGAUGCAAGCUAAGAAGGGAGUCAAUAAACAGAACAGAAGAUCGUGCACUAGCUAGUGAGUGGCGAUCAGAGAGAUCGAGAAAACUUAAUCUAGUUUUGUUUCGUGGAUUAGUUCACUUUUCUCAUAUGCCGCCCGCCAUGAUUGAUAUGGCUAAUAGUAACAGGGCUGCAAGCAAUGCAGCUGCUGAACUUGUUCAUUGCUUUUAUUUCGGUACAAUUUUGUGGUGUUUUUCAAGUGUUCACUGUUUUGGGUUGGAGAGAUGGUGGUGGUCUCUGCAGAUGUCGAGUUCAUUAUGUAGAGGCCGGACCAGACCAGAAUUUAAGCACAAUGUUUUGCACCGUUACUGCUUA